CUGGUGCUCGCAUGUCCGACGCUGACGUGACGACGCGCGCGUGGAUGAAGGCGAAAUGGGUCACUACAAUAACUUGGAGGAGCAGACGAUGCGCGCGAUUUGUGGUGGUGAUUUUAACGGUGGUGGCGGCGCGCGGCACAAGAACGUUUGUCUGAUAAGUGUGGUGGUCGGGUUUACGAUCGGCCUUAGCCUAGGAAUUUUUCUGCCGCUGAUCUACUUGGAGAGCGCGAUAAAGAACUCGACGCAUCCAAUUAGCGAUGCUGCAGCUAUUCGAAGUAUUUUUCUUAAUAACAGCUUUAAGGCGCAGAACUCGUCGCCGAUCAGUUUCGUUGAGCUGCACGACGAUAGCACCCUGAUCGAGGACGGGAUCUACUGGGGUGCCCGGGUCGAGGGCGCGCUGCCUGAGGGUUACGUGAAGCACGAGACGUGGACGGAGUAUGUGAGAGGUGGAGUCGCGGUUAAGCUGGAGGGUGGCUGCGGGCGCAUGCAGAAUCGCCUGCUGACGUUCCAGGAUGGGCGCCAGGGGUGCGUGCGUUACCGACAGAACACCGACCAAAUCCAGGGGGAGCUCUUCAGCUUUUACCUCGCGCAAAUCUUGAAGUUGCCAAACUUGGCACCCUCCGCCGUGACCACCGUCAACCUGAAUGCGCCGCUUUGGAGGAACUUGGAGAGCGAAAUCGCCUCGGCCCAGUGGAACUCGAAUCGGCCCGUCGUGAUAACGCAGUUCAUCCCCGAUUUGAGCUCGGCCAACAUCCCCAACGUGUUCAGGCCGAACGAGAGGCACCUGAAUAAGUACGACGUGUUCAACAUGACCGGCGAUCGGGUCCUCGGCAACCUGGUGGAGCUCGCCCAGUGGUCGGAUCUCAUCAUCUUCGACUAUCUCACCGCCAACUUGGAUAGGAUUGUAAAUAACUUGUAUAACUAUCAGUGGAAUGUGAACAUUAUGGACGCACCCGCGCAUAAUUUAGCCAAAAAACUCGACCUACUCGUCUUUUUGGACAACGAGUCCGGCCUCCUGCACGGCUAUCGCCUGCUAAAGAAGUACGAGGUCUACCACUCGGUGCUCCUGGACAAUUUGUGCGUGUUCCGGCGCUCGACGGCCGACGCGAUACGCCACCUCCUACGUGCCGGAAACGUGGGGCAUCUGCUGAAGAGCAUGUUCGAGAAGCGCAACAGCCCCCAGGUGAAGGACGUGCUCCCCUCGCUCCCAGAGAAGAGCAUCAAAAUCCUGAAUGAGCGAAUAGACAAGGUACACAAUCAAAUUUUGAGAUGUGAAUCCAUGUUCUUUGAUGGUAAUCGGACUUGAAAGUAUCCUUAGGUAGUCGCAUAUUUGAAAUUGUAAUUUGGUGUUCAAAGCCGGUUUGCUCCCUCCUAUUUUUAUUAAUUUUUUUUUUCCUUUUCGUUCACUACCGUUUGUCUUGCAUGACGGACGGAAUUUAAAAUAGGAUCUUAAUUUAUUAGUGGAAAAAUAGGCGAAAAUGAUUUAUCGGGUCAAUUGAGGGGACACUUUUAUUUCCCCGUUUCUUAUAUUUCGGUACCCGUAAAUCUGUUAACCGACGGAGAAGCCGUAAAAUCGCAGUUACACGCCGUUUUCGUUUUAUUGCGCGCCAUAAUUUAGUCGGAAUGACCGGCCCGGUCGAAAACCCCUAGAAAUGUAAAACUCGGUCACUUGUUGUAGCCUCGCCGGUCGAACGAUUACUUUGUCUCUUCGUCAAAAUUUGCCUCGGCGAGCAGCGCGAGCGACACGUUUUAUGUAAAUCGCCUCGCAUUUAUCACAGUUUACCAUAUCUUGAUCUCCGUUUAUGGCGCGGAGGUUAUGACCAUUUGCUCUGGGGGGUACGAUUUUAUGAUCGGAGAAUGGCAUUUCGAGAAUCUCAAUUUUUUUCUCCCGACGCGCCGCAGCUCGCCCAAACGAUUUCAAUAAAAAAUGACCCCCCGAUUUAAGACCUUUUGGAGGAGGGCGGCGCGCAAUUGUUUCAUCGAGAUCAUGGCCGCACAGAUUUUUUCGAAAAUCACACAAAAUCCGAAAGACACAUACAUUUGUCAUGAAGCCAGCUUUGUAGAACAUUUACGGCACAAAGUGCCGCAUUUGUGCCGUCCUAAAAUGAAAAGUUUCAAAAUGUCAGAAAAUAGGCACAUUUUUCAAAUCUGUGCCGUAAAAGACUAACUUUUAGAGUGUAGAUUUAUUCAACAGUAUUCAACACAACACAAACUUUUUGGUUAGUGCUGUAUUUGUGCCUUGCAGCCUUUACUGGUCCGACAAAAUUUCCUAUUUUUGUUUCCUCAUUUACUUGUCUUAUUUUGUGCCGCUUUGUGCCAUAAAAUAUAUACCAAAAGAAACCCUUUAAAAUUUGUGCCGUUCAUUUACGGGAAAAACAAAGAGAGAAUUUCUCAUACGCGCCGUUGCUCACCCAGACGAUAUGAAUAAAAAUGAUCUUCCGAUUUAAGACCUUUUGGAGGGCGGCGGCGCGCAAUUGUGUCAUCGAGAUCGUGGCCGCACAGAUUUUUUCGAAAAUCCCACAAAAUUCUGCUAUAGAUCCGAAAAACACAUACAUUUUUCACGAAGCCAGCUUUAUAGAACAUUUACGGCACGAAGUGCCGCAUUUGUGCCGUCCUAAAAUGAACAGUUUUAAAAUUUCAGAAAAUAAGCACAUUUUUCAAAUCUUUGAACACUUCUACCGGCACAAUUCUCGCCAGAGAUGCCGCAUUUGUGCCGUAAAAGACGUUCUACUAACUUUUAGUGUGUAGAUUGUUCAAUAGUAUUCAACACAACACAAACUUUUUUGGUUAGUGCCGUACGAGGUGCCGUAUUUGUGCCUUGCAGCCUUUACUGUACGACAAAAUUUCUUAUUUUUGUUUCCUCAUUUACUUGUCUUAUUUUGUGCCAUAAAAAGUUUACCAAAAGAAACCCUUUAAAAUUUGUGCCGUUCAUUUAUGGGCAAAACAAAGAGAGAAUUUCUCAGACGCGCCGUUGCUCGCCCAAACGAUAUGAAUAAAAAUGAUCGCCCGAUUUAAGACCUUUUGGAGGGCGGCGGCGCGCAAUUGUUUCAUCGAUAUCAUGGCCGCACAGUUUUUUUUCGAAAAUCACACAAAAUUCUGCUAUAGAUCGGAAAGACACAUAUAUUUUUCAUGAAGCCAGCUUUGUAAAACAUUUACGGCACGAAGUGCCGCAUUUAUGCCGUCCUAAAAUGAAGAGUUUCAAAGUGUCAGAAAAUAGGCACAUUUUUCAACACUUCUACCGGCACAAUUCUCGCCAGAGGUGCCGCAUUUGUGCCGUAAAAGACUAACUUUUAGUGUGUAGAUUUUUUCAACAGUAUUCAACACAACACAAACUUUGUGGUUGGUGCCGUAUUUGUGCCUUGCAGCCUUUACUGGUCCGACAAAAUUUCCUAUAUUUGUUUCCUCAUUUACUUGUCUUGUUUUGUGCCAUAAAAGUUUCCCAAACGAAACCCUUUAAAAAUUGGGCCGUUCAUUUACGGGCAAAACAAAGAGAGAAUUUCUUAGAUGCGCCGUUGCUCGCCCAAACGAUAUGAAUAAAAAUGAUCGCCCGAUUUAAGACCUUUUGGAGGGUGGCGGCGCGCAAUUGUUUCAUCGGGAUCGUGGCCGCACAGAUCACACAAAAUUCUACUAUAAAUCCGAAAGACACAUACAUUUUUCACAAAGCCAGCUUUGUGGAACAUUUACUGCCGUCCUAAAAUGAAUAGUUUCAAAAUGUCAGAAAAUAGGCACAUUUUUUAAAUCUUUGAACACUUCUACCGGCACAAUUCUCGCCAGAGAUGCCGCAUUUGUGCCGUAAAAGACGUUCUGUUAACUUUCAGUGUGUAGAUUUUUUCAGCCGUAGGGCACUCAUUUGUGCCAGUUGAUGCCACAAAGCAAAUAAAAAUGUUGCACGAUGUCCAUUCUUGUAUUUGUCCCAUUUAGUGCCGUUCAAAGUCUUUACACAAAGCAUGCUGUUUAUAGUUUGCCUAUUCGUUUGUCACGUCUGAAAUUAAAGCAUAGGCCACUUCAAAGUAAUAGACUCUUGUACGUUUCGUUUGUGCCGUAACAUUUUCCAAGUAGAAUAAAGAGAAAGCUCUACGCAACAAACUUCUGUAUUGUAAAUUGUUUAGUGCUGUAUUUGUACAAGUUUGUGCCGUUUAAAAUUUAUGCACAAAAUAAACCUUUUGUUUUAGGGCAACAUUUUUAAAGUUAUUUGGAUAGAUGUGCUUUGUGCCUGUCAUUUCAGAGUGAUCGUAUUUCGCACGCCACGCAAAAAACUACUUAUUCUUGCUUUUUUAGUGCCAUGUUAGUUCAGUUUUGAGCAGUACGACGGUUGCCAAUUGUUAUUUAGUUCUGUCUUUUUAAACCUUUUUGGUUGGUGCCGUAUUUGUACCUUAAAAAUGUUACCGAUGGGCGCACCUUUUUAAAAUUUUCACGCUCGAUCAAACGAUUUAAAUAAAAAAUCAUCCCCCGAUUUGACGUUUUGGGUGGCGCGGCUUGUAAUUGUUUCAUCAAAACCAUGGCAGCACAGAUUUUUUCGAAAGUCACAGAAAAUUUUGCUAUAGAACCAAACCAUGAAUAUAAAGACGCAUUCUCUUUUCAUGAAAGACAGAAUCCAUCUUUGUGAAGCAUUUACGGCACAUAGUGCCGCAUUUGUGCCGUCCUAAAAGGAAUCAAAAUGUCAGAAGAUAUUUUUAUAUCAUAUUUCAUUUACCUAGCAUAUUUUUUAAAACUAUGAACACUGCUAUCGGCACAAUUCUCGCUAGAGGUGCCGCAUUUGUGCCGUAAAAGACGGUUACACAUAAUUACCGGGUUUGUGCCAUCAAAAACCCUGGUCCUCAGUUUGUGCCAGUUGGUGCCGCAUAACGAAGAAACAGAACGUUGUUACUUGUUCUCCGAAACUCCGCAACACAAUCCUGCACGAUGUCCAUUUUUUGUAUUUAUCCAAUUUUGUGCCGUUAAAAAUAAAUUGUCAGACAAUCAAGCUGUGAAAUUAAAGGAUUUUUGAUGUUCUAUUUGUCCCUCGAUUUGUCCCUUUUGCAAGUAUUCUACUCUAUUACAUUUAACUUGUGCCGCAACGUUUGAGAGCAUUAUUGUGGGCAGCAAGAAACUCCGCAACAAACUGCUGUAUUAUGCUGCAUUUGUUCAAAUUUGUGCCGUUUAAAAUUUACUGACAAGACACAAACCCUUACGAUAGCAUUAUUAAAAGCAAACUUCACACUCCCUUGCCAACUCGAUUCUUGAUACUAUGUCAAAUGGUAAAUGAGGUAGCUUGUGCCGUUAAGAGUUCGUCGACAAAAAUCCUCCCAAAGUUUUCAAAUCAAUGUGCCUUCUUGUAGCGUAAAAUAUUAUCAAAUUCUCUGGGAUUGGUGUAAAAUGGGUAUCACUUUGUGCCUUUCAUUCCAGAUUGAUCGUAUUUUGCACACUUUUCUACUUAGUGCCGCAUUUGUGCCGUAAUCGACCUAAUAAUGAUCGCUCGAAGUUUUGGGUGGCGCAACUAGCAAUUGUUUCAUCGAAAUCAUGGCAGGAUAGAAUCCCAGAAAAUUUUGCUAUAGAACCAAACUUUUCAUGAAAUACAGAAGCCAUCCUUGUGGAACAUUAAUUUGUGCCGUUUCAAAAUAUCAGAAAAUUUGUGCCAUAAAAGCCUGAGCUGUCAAAUAAUGUACCUAUUUCUAGACGCUCUUCUUAGUACUGCUAUUUUUGUCUGCAAUUCAUGCAGUACAUUUGUGCCACUUUGUGCCGUUAAAAGCUUACCCAAAAAAAGCUAUUCAACCAUGUUAAAUUUGUAAAUGCUAGCAUAUUCUAGUAUCUGUUAGUGCCGACUUAUCUAAAGCACAAUUAUGGGGUUCACAGUCUGGGCCAGUUAGUGCCGCAAGGCAAAGAAACAGAACGUGUCAGUUGUUAUUGUGCAUUUUUUGAGACGUUCACAGUUCUCACACAAAUUAAGCGGUUUAAAGUUUGCCUAUUCGUGCUGUCAAGUCUGAAAUUAAGGCAUAUUUAUAUGCUCUACUAGGUUUGUCAAUUAAAUCCGCGGUUAAAUUUGAGCCUUUAGCAUGGGCCACUGCAAAGUAAUCGACUCUUUUACGUUUAGUUUGUGCCGCAACAUUUUCGAAGCAAAAUAAGGAGCAAGCUUUAAGCUACGCAACAAAUUUUUGUGUUGUCAAUUUUGUGUGUGCUGUAUUUGCGCAAGUUUGUGCCGUUUUUAGCGCAAAAUGUUAUCAAAUUUACUUUUGUGCCUCUAAUUUCAGCGUGAUCGUAUUUCGCACACUUUGCUGGUUAGUGCCGCAUUUGUGCUGUAAAAUACCACAAGUCUGAUUAAUUUGCUUACUUUUCUUGCAUGACUUACCUACUUGUCCUCAUUUUGUGCCGAUUUGUGCCAUAAGCAAUUUACCUAGAAAAAACCGUUUAAAAACGUAAAAGCGUAUAUCGCUUUGUACGGCACAAAUGUUGUAAUUGUGCUGCAAUAUUUUAUUCGCAAAAUAAAACCUUGCGAAAACUAGUGCUUAGGUAUUAUGUAAAGUUCGAGCACUGUCUUUCAGAACAGAUUUCGGGUCUACUUAUGUGCUUUUUUUUAGUGUUGCCCGAGUUUUUAAAAAUUUUAAUAAUGCGUUGGAAGUCGAUUAUAUUAUAUUGCAUAUUCAGUGAGAAAUAUGCAAGAUAACAUAGAUAAUGGUGUUAAAUCAUACUUAAAUCAAACUUUGAAACUUCGGUCGAGGUUAAAUUGUCAAAAAUUUUAAGAAUUUAAAUAAUGCGUUAGAAGACGAUUAUCUCAUAUUGCAUAUUCAGUGAGAAAUAUGCAAGAUAACAUAGAUAAUGGUGUUAAAUCAUACUUAAAUCAAACUUUGAAACUUCGGUCGAGGUUAAAUUGUCAAAAAUUUUAAGAAUUUAAAUAAUGCGUUAGAAGACGAUUAUCUCAUAUUGCAUAUUCAGUGAGAAAUAUGCAAGAUAACAUAGAUAAUGGUGUUAAAUCAUACUUAAAUCAAACUCCGAAGCUGCCUUAGAAAUGUAAAUGUCAAAAAUUUUAAUAAUGCUUAGGAACUCGAUUAUUGCAUAUUGCAUAUUCUGCGAGAAUUGUGCAAGAUAAUACAGGAAACGGUGUUAUUGAGACUGCGAUAAAGCUUAAUUUGUCAAAAAAUUUCAUUAUGUUUAAUAAUGCGUUGGAGGUCGAUCAUUGCAUAUUGCAUAUUCUGUGAGAAAUACGCAAAUCACACAGAAAAUUGUCUUAAAUCGUUUUUAAAUCAAACUGUGAAAUUUGGUUUGAGCUUAAAUUGUCAAAAAUUUCAUGAUUUUUAAGAAUGCGUGGAAAGUCGACUAUCGCAUAUUGCAUAUUCUGCGAGAAAUAAGCAAGGUAACAGCGGAAAUUGUGUUAAGUCAUUUUUAAAUUAAAUUUCAAAGCUGCGGUCGAUCUUAAAUUGUCAACAAUUUCAUGAUUUUUACUAUUUCGCUGGAAGUUGAUUAUCGCAUAUUACAUAUUUUGUGAGAAAUACGAAAUGUAACACAGAAAAAUGUGUUAAAUGAUAGUUAAAUCAAACUUUAAAACUGCGGUCAAGCUUAAAUUGUCAAUGUUUUACUGAAUUUUAAUAAUGCGUUAAAAGUGAUUAUUGCAUAUUGCAUAUUCUGUUAGAAAUACGUAAUGUAACACUCCAAAAUGUGUUAAAUCAUACUUAAAUCAAACUUUGAAACUGCGGUGGAGCUUAAAUUGUAAAAAUAUUCAUGAUUUUUAAUAAUACGCUGGAAGCCAGUAAGCGCAUAUUGCAUAUUCUGUAAAAAAAUAGGCAACAUAACACAGAAGAUGGUGUAAAUCAAUCUUUGAAGUGGCGAUCGAGAUUAAAUUAGCCAAAAUUUAAUGAUUCUUAAUAAUGGGUUGGAAGUCGCUGAUCGCAUAUUGCAUACUCUGCUAGAAAAUGAGGUUAAAUCGUACAUAAAUCAAACGUUGAAGCCGGAAUUGAGCUUAAAUUGUCAUAAAUUUCUUUGUUUUAAUAAUGCCCUGGAAGUUGAUUAUCGCAUAUUGCAUAUUCUGUUAGAAAUAUGCAAGAUAAAACAGAAAAUGGUGUUAAAUCAAACUUUGAAACUGCGGUCGAGCUUAAAUUGUAAAAGGUUUACUCAAUUUUAAUAAUGCGUUGGAAGUCGAUUAUUGCAUAUUGCAUAUUCAGUGGGAAAUAGGAGAUAUAACGUAGAAAAUGACGUUAUAUCAUACUUUGGAGCUGCGGUCGAGCUUAAAUUGUCAAAAAUGUCUUGAUUUUUAAUAAAGCGUUAGGGCAUAUUACAUAUUCUGUGAGAAAUAGGCACAAUAAAGCAGAAAAAGAUGUUACAUUAUACUUAAAUCAAUGUUUGAAGCUGCGGUCGGACUCAAAUUUCCAAAAAAUGUCAUCUUUUGUAAUAAUGCUUAGGAAAUCGAUUAUCGCAUAUUGCAUAUUCUUUGAGUUACGCAAAUCACACAGAAAAUUGUCUUAAAUCGUUUUAAAUGAAACUGUGAAGUUGGGUUUGACCUUAAGUUAUCAUGUCAUCAUCAUUUUUAAUAAUGGGAUUUAUCGCAUAUUGCAUAUUUUGCGAGGCAUAGACAAGAUAAUACAGAAACUGCUGUUAAAUCAAAACUUUAAAGCUGUGGUCGAGCUUAAAUUGUCAAAAAUUUCAUGAAUCUUUAAUAAUGCUUAGAAAAUCAAUCAUUGCAUAUUGCAUAUUCUGCGAGAAAUAUGACAGCAAAUUGUGUUGUCAUACUUAAAUCAAACAUUGAGGUUGUGAUAGAGCUUGAAUUGUCACAAAUUUAAUGAUGUUGAAUAAUGCGUUAUAGGUCGAUUAAUUGCAUAUUGCAUAUUCUGUGAGAAAUACGCAAAUCACACAGAAAAUUGUCUUAAAUCGUUUUUAAAUCAAACUGUGAAGUUGGGUUUGAGCUUAAAUUGCUAAAAAUUUCAUGAUUUUUAAUACUGGGAUUUAUGGCAUAUUGCAUAUUUUGCGGGAAAUACGCAAGAUAACCCAGAAAGUCAGACUUAUAUCAAACUUUGAACAGCUGCACAUCAGUGUCCACUUGGUCUCAACGGUGGAGCUUAAAUUGUCCAGAAAUUCGCAUAUUUAUUGGAUAUUUUGAAAAUCGUGUGCCAACCUUUGAAUAGUUGCAUCUUCGAGUCCAUUAUUUUGAGCUUUAAGCUGCGGUUGAUCUUAAAAUUGGCAUAAAUCGGCACAAAUUGCAAAUAGUGCUGAAAUAUCUUGGCUUUUGUGCCCACGAGCUCGCUAGCCAUGGAAUGCUUGAUCAUAAUCCACAUUAAAUGACACCAAAAUUCCUCAUUACAAAAUGGCUGACAAAUUAAUGGGUGGUCCCAAUUAGACAGUAAAUCAGCCCAAUAUAUUUACGUCUAAUAAACAAAAUGGCGACGGCACCUUUCGCGAGCGCAAAUUUCUCCUACUCGACCGCCAAUUUACAAAUUAUUCGAAAUUUCCGCAACGAAUUUAUCGACGUAAUUAGCCUAAUCAAACCUCGAGAUCAGCAAAGGCGAACGUUUCCGCAAAUCUCCUUUUGACCGGUCCCCCGCGCCUCACCGGCUUUUCUUAAUUACUUUAAUUGGGUUUUAUCGCCCCGAAAAUUUCGAAGGGACUGGUUCCGAUGGGAAAACGCGUCACAAUUGAAAGGGGGAAUCAAGGAAGCGGGCACCGAAAAAAAAUUAAAUUUUUAUUACCGCGCGAUUAUAUUUAUAUAUAUAUAUAUAUCUUUAUUGCUUAUAAAUCAGGCUUCUUAAUUAAAUUAUAUUCAUGAAAAAGGUAUGUGUAUUAAGAAAAAAAGUCGUUUGGUAUAACACAAUGGCAGAAUUUCUCUCUUUUAAUAAAUUACAAGUUUAUGUCGGCCGGACAUAGGCCUUUGACUUUUAUGGCGAAAACGCGAUUUGUG